AUGGCCACCACCCGCACCGUCAAUCUCUCCUUCCCGAUUUUCAUCGUCUGCCCGCUCGUCUACCAGAUCCACGGCCUCACAGAGCAAGAAUUUCUUGCACAGAACCCGCAACUGAAAAGGCCUUCCUCAGCGCAGGACCUCAACCUGGGCGCAGGAGAGUGCGUUUCAAUCAUGUACGACACACCAGUGAGCGUGGCGCCGCCGCUGACAGAAGCGGUGCACUGCGUGCUCUUCUACUCGUGGACGGCACAGGACACGUGUGACAGCCUGGCAAGCUCGUUCUCGCUCACAGUGGACGAGUUUCUGGCUCUCAACCCGGGGAUCAGCUGCGAUAGCACCUGGAGAGCUCCGCGCGUGAACCAGCAGCACCUGGAGAGCUCCGUGCGUGAACCAGCAGGUGAGAUGCGGUGCAGUGCGGUGCUCGGCGGUGUGGCAAGCUCGUUCUCCCUCACAGUGGACGAGUUUCUGGCUCUCAACCCGGGGAUCAAGUGCGAUAGCACCAGGAGAGCUCCGCGCGUGAACCAGCAGCUAUGUGUGGUGAAGGGCAGCGGAGAGAACGACGUGCCCAAGCUGCCCAUGUGCAUUCGAUGGUACACGGUGCGCGCAGGGGACACGUGUGGAAGCAUCAUGCAGGAUCACGCUCUCAACCGAACCGCCUUCGUCUCGUUCAACCCAGGGUUGGCCUGUGACCGCCUCUUCCCGUCGUUCGGAGGCUCUCGCGUCGGCUGGGAUGGGGAAGGCGUGCAGGUGAGGAGUGGGAUGCGCGCAAUCAAGCCUCGCUCAGUCCGUGAGCUUCCUUCCACGCUCUUCCCCUCGGCCCUCUCCUCUCCCUCCUCCUCCUCCUCCUCCUCCUCCUCCUCCUCCUCCUCCUCCUCCUCCUCCUCCUCCUCCUCCAUUCCUUCUCACUCCACACACUCAUCGAUGGGCCGCCAGCUGGCGCUGCUGGCCGCGGCUCGCUCACCGACGGGCCGCCAGCUGGCGGGGUCUAAGCAGCAGAGCGAGAAGUCUUACUCGGUGAAGAGGGGGGACUUCUGUGCGCAGAUCAUAUCGCUCAAGUUCCAGAAUAGUGCAAAGAAGCUGGCGGAGCUGAAUAAUGGGUACGUGUGCAACGAUGAUAGGCUCUAUGUAGGGCUGAAGCUCUCCACACGUUGA